GAGAGAGAGAGAGAGAGAGUGAGAGCGAGAGCGAGAGCGGUUAAGGAUUUCUCUGACAGUGACAGUCAGUUUUGCUGUGAAGCUGCAAGCAACAGGACUGUGUCGGUCUUUCUGCAGGUGGGAGUUCUUGAAACCCCCAUUUUCGUCUUUCAAGGAGCCUUUCCAAAUACAUUUUUCAGGGAUUACUGCAUUUCGAAAACCAAUGCUUUCUCUUCCGUCUUUCUGAGGCGCUGUAAUGUCAUUGGAAUUGAACCCAGAAAGGGAAGCACAUACAGUUCUUAGUCGUGGAUGUGUAUGCAGUUCAUUGGUUUCAUUUACUUAAAGUGGAUAGCCUGCUUUCCAAAAUCUUUUUUUUUUUCUAACUGGUAUUUUAAGGAUAUAUCUUAAACCCACGCAUUUCAAGGAUUUUCUGUGCAUUGCCGAAAAGGGGCGUUUUAUCCUGGAUCCAAAUUCCUGACGGAUUGCAUUAGAUACUGUAUGGUGGAUACAGACUGUAUUACAGUAUAUAAUCUGAAUUCAAACAAGUAAAUAACUGAAAGCUAAGAGAUAAUGCGUGAACUUUUAAAGGUACGUGAGUACAAUUAAAACAAUGCAUACUAGUAACUUGCAUGCCAGAGGAUUAUGAGCAGUUGUAUACUUAUUUUAAAUACAGUUAGUGCAGGAUAAACAGAUCAUUUUACUUUUAAAUUUAGAAUUAAAAAAAAAAAAAUCAGUCCUAAACACGUUCCUUUGAAAACGAGAAGACUACAAUAAUAGAAAUUAAAGCAGGACCACUUUACUUUUAAAAAGCUCUGAGUAAUUAUUACCAUAAUUCAAACAAACCUUGCAUGUCACAAAAGUCUAAAUUGAUAAAGUGAAAACUAUCUUGAGUUGUUUUGUUUUGUUUUUUGUUUUUUGGAAAAUGUGUUUUGCAUAACGCCUGAAACGUCUGGUUUAGUUACUUUAUUUUACCGCGUUAUGGCAAAUAACACGAGACCUUACGAUAACCGGAAUAUCGUGUCAAAGUAUAUCCAUUACAAACUCCUGAAAAGGGGCUAUGUGUGGGAUUCCCAUGUGGGUAGAGAAUCUGGUUCUCCAAAUAAUAAUGGAUUGCUCGGCUCCUCCCCCUCCAGCUCUCCAGUUUUGGUACGGCGUCCCGUGCCAGAUCCUGGAGAGGGUCCUUCCCUUUUAGUAAAUCGAACGCCCAGGGUCGAUCCCCAUGCGGACCUCCAUAAGGUUUUACGGGAAGCCGGGGAUGAAAUCUCACGAAGGUAUCAGCGAGAGUUUGCAGAGAUGGCUGGACAGUUACAUUUCACACCAACCACAGUCCAAAGGAAAUUUGAAUCGGUGGUCGAAGAGCUUUUCAGGGAUGGGGUGAACUGGGGGAGGAUUGUCGCGUUCUUUGAGUUUGGUGGGACAAUGUGCCUGGAAAGCGUGAACCGGGAGAUGACGUCCCAAGUGGAUAAUAUAGCAAACUGGAUGACUGAGUACCUAAAUGGACCGCUUCAGAAUUGGAUCCAAGAGAAUGGGGGAUGGGAUGCCUUUGUGGAGCUAUAUGGAAGUCAGAGGGGUUCGAUGUCCAACUACUCCUGGCCUUCUCUGAAGACUGCCCUCAGUCUGGCUGCUUUGGGUGCUGCUGGCAUCACCAUUGGUGCUUAUUUUGUGCAGAAAUGAAAUGAAGAAGCAAACAGCCAUUCCUUUGGGUUUGAAGCACAACAGUUAAAAAUAAUAUUACCUAUAAGUGAACAGUAAAAUCUGGAUUCUACAUCAGCCUAAAUAGCAAAUACAGUAAAACAACACACCUCUUUCUUCAGGGGAGACAUGGCACACAGCUUUUUCAACAAUAGUUGUAACAUAGUUUCAUAAAAUUUCAUUUGUGUUUUUCUUUUUUUUUUCAGCAUUUGUCACGGAAAAAAAAAACUUAGGCUGAAAAAUGCAGGUGUUUUGGGGGUUCCUUUUGCAACUACAGUACUCAGUUUUACGACCAAUAUUGCUGUACCACAGAGGGGAUACAUGCAUAUACCUCUACCAAUAUCUUACUUUUUUACUUUGCCUUUUUAGGAUCGACAUUUUAGAAAAUCACCAUUUAAACAAUGUAGUAUAUGCAAACUCCUGGCUCCGGCAUGUGUGUAUAUGUGUUUCUGUAUAUGUGUGUUUUGUGUGUGGGGGGGGGUGGCAGGUUGCUACUUCUCUUGUUAAGGUCAGGGGACUGAACUACUUCUCCACUUGUCUGAUCAGACACAGUUCUUCCCAGAGAAGUGAGUCAGUAACAGAUGUUCUGACUUCUUCAUUAAAGGGUUUGUAUCGGAUUUGGUAAUCAGUAAUGCUCCUAAUUUUAAAUUGUAAAGAGCAUUGCUAAAGUAUUAAGGAUAGAGAUGCUGUACAUUUAUUAGCAUUCCAGCUUUCCUGUGUUUUGUUUUAAACAAGGAUUUGUUUUCUAGAAUGCUUCUUGAUAAUGAAACAAAAUACUAACUCUGUGGUAGUUAUUACUUUUCAUUAGCUCUAUAGUAAAGAAACAGCUUUAUCAUUAUGUUCUUCGACCAGCUUGAAAAAAAACAAAAUUCCCAUUAUGUCUUGGUUGCCCAAAAAGCUGAACUGGAGCUUGAGCAUUCUUGAGAAAGCAGCAUUGGAGGCAAAAUAGGUUUAGGUCAGUCACAUAUGUUUGACAGCGGAAAAUUCCACAGAUUAGAGACUGAAAGCUCUUUGAAUUGAAUUGAGUUACACUUCGAGGACAGCGUGUAAAUACAGUAUAAAAACCUGAAGACCGAAGGCCUAGCCUGCGUUAUACACUGAUACUAAGUCACCCAGUCACCCUGGGUGCAAAACCCCUAUGCUCCUGCAGUGCAUCAAUAAGGUGGUUGUAGAGCUGAGGGUAUUUAGAAAGCUAGCAAUAGGAGUAGGAGCAGCGAGUUCUGUAGGAGAAGAAGACAUAUUCAAGUGAAAGACCCAUCUAUUGUGUGGAUUCAGUAACAGUUAAAGAUCAAAUUGGCACCUCUUCACAAGCAGUUUAUGGGAAAGUUAUAUUAACCACAGUGGAGGUAAAAAAUCUUUAACAGGUGGUGUAUGUGUCUAUUUCAGCUAAUAAAACACACUUCUAUCAUCUUUCCGUCUGCAAAGAAAUACACGAGAAUACAUCAGUCACAUUCCUCAGAGACAUUUUUUUUUCAAGGACAGUGAGGUUUAACAGUCAGGGAACCGGCUACUGAUUAAAGAAAUAUGACGCAAGACUUUUCAUAGAUGAAAGGUUUUGUUCGUUAAUUAACACAGUGUUCAUUGAAGUGACCAAAUAACUCUCAUGUUAAUUCAUUCAAAGCCAUGUUGAAGGUAUAUUCACAUUCCACAGGUGUUCUCAGUCUCUUUUCUUUUUUCUCCCAAGUUACCAAACCUGUCUGGCUUGAAGCUGCAAACCAUUAGGAUGUAUGCAUGUGGGGGGGGGGGGGGGGGGGGGGGGUGGGGGGGGGGGGGGGGGAGGUAAUACUCUACUGGUCACUUUUUGUUUUUCAACACUGAGGAAUUAAAUAAUACCCAAUAGAUAGUAGCCAUUUUAAUAGGCUACUGUUCAGAUUAGAGGUAGCACAGGGCUAGGAUUGCCCCGUUAAUUUAGCUAGUAGAUAGGCUGGAUAAUUUCAGAAUUUAGAUUUUUGUUUUUACUUUAACUGUAAUAAUAUAUUUUUUAAAUGGUCCUCACUGAAAAAAUCCCAUAUGAUAUAAACCAUGGUAUAUUUGCAUACUUGUGCUGGUAUUUUUACAAUUAUUUUACAAAGAUUCAUCCAAGCCUUUACUUUUCAGUGCUUCACCAUGCUUCCCUGUUCUUUUGCAUGCAUUCAUUUUACUUCACUUUACUAUGUUUCUACCACGAUAAAGCACAGUAGACUUGUAUACCCCUGCUUGAUUAAAAUGUUCAAAGCAAGAGAAAGGACCUCAAGCCAACUGGGUGAAACUGGAUUGCUCGCAUGUGUUUGGUAAAUAAUGACUCUUAAAAGACCAUAAUAAGAAAUCAUCACCAUCACUUGAAUUACCCUGGUUAAUGAGCAGCUUGGUCGGGGUAUGAAAUAUCUGUAUUUCCUUAACUAAUUAAUUAUUCUUGUUUUCAUUCACUUUGUUUAAUUUUCCGUUUCAGUCAUUGCAUCCUGGGGACUUACUAAAACUCAGAAGUAUGAUGCACCCCUAUGGUCUCAACACGGCUCUUGGAAUCAUAGCUAACAUGGCGUGGAGAAUCUAAAUAUCGCCGUCACUCAGAUCAUUACAAGAAGGAAAUCUUAUGAAAACAUGCAUCUGUAACAAUGGGAGUUUUGUUUUUUAAAGUAAGUAAAAGGCCAGGAUUGAUUCUAUUUUAAUAGUUCAACAGUGUGGGUAUUUAGAUCCUCCACUGCAGAUCAAUUGAAUAGAUCUCAUUCAGCUCCACUGGGGUGCUUUAAGUAAUUUUAAAAAGUCACCAGUAUGUGAAGAAAAUUAUACAAAGUGAAUCUAAACAAAGAGGAGAUCGCUGCUGAUUCAUACCCUACCAAGCUGCUUUUUAAGGUUUCAUUUUUCAAACAAAAAUGGAAUCUUUAAUAACCCCAUAGCACAGAGAAACACCUUCCAGGAUGCUUUUGGUUUUCGGAUGAAAGCUGAUCAAAUAAGAAACUCAAACCAUUUCUCUGCUGGCCUGAUUUAUUUAUUUUUUGUUAGAAUUGUAUACUCUUUACUGGAACUUAAGGGGUUGAAAAGGCGUGUGAACCUACCAGAAGUUAUUCUACCAAAUUCUAAAAGUUAUCAGGCUAUACUGCCAGUAUGUCAUAGUGAAUUAAGCCAGCACACGCCUCUUGUAUGUGUUAUUCUUAUAAUCUUCAGUGUGUGUCCUUAAAAUAUUUACCUUCAAAGAGAAUAGUGUUUUAUAAAGCUGCAAUGUUACCUAUGUAAUACAUUUAGCUUAUUUAUUACUUUAUUUAAGCAGCUGUGCGCGUGUGUGUGUUUUUUUGUAUAUACAUUAAAGAGUAUUCCUGCAUAAAAUAUAACCCCCCCCCCCCCCCCCCCAAGUUUUACAACUGCUAUUUGUAUAGGCUACUUAGAAAAAAAGAAAAAAUGUACAUGUUAUGUGAUCUUAAAAUGUGCUUGUAAUUAUAGAUUCAUAUUUAUUAUAAGGUACCCAAUAUAAAGUAAUUCAUAUGCUUCUCCAAUUUGGUGUUGAUAAUGGAGGCUAUGGGAAAGAAACCUUAGCAUUACAGUGCAAAGAGGGGAUUAGGUACAUUUGGAGAGAAUCCCAGCCAAUGGGCCUCCCCAGUCGCACUAUUACAUACUCUUGCUGCUGCUAAACUAGUACCAGUAUGAUGACAUAGCUUUGUGGAUAUAAAACAGAACUAUUAGUAAAAAAGAAAAAAAAAAAAAAAACAGUAAAAAA